UGGCGUAGUUCUUGAACUUUCUUGCCCUUUACACGAGCGUUGGGAAACAUGUAGAUAAUUUCCUCAAAUUAAUUCUGUGAGCUGUAUGAGAGUUCGAAUGCAAGUGCAUGAUGCCCGUUGUACAAGCGUUGCUACUCGCUCUAGCACUAGGCUUCAGCACUGCCAAUCGGAAUCCAAAAUGUGAUGCAAAGCAAAUUUCUAGGCGCCUUGGUUACGACCCGGAUGCGUGGACGUUGAUUAACCGCGAACACCCUAAGUACCACCUCAUGUUCUACUCAUCUGGAAAUCUUUCGGCGACGUACAAAUGCCUGUGCACAACGACGUCUUGGGAUAAAUCCGGUAGUCGGUGGAGAAAAGUCGUAAAAUUUCACUAUUCUCCAAAUGAAACAAUUUUUCAUGGAACUGACACAGUAUUGACGGUAAAAACGGAUCAAUAUUAUGUAUACGACAACGCCUUCAACGCAACCUACUUUGUCCCUGCACUGAAAGAAAUCGAAUUCAAAGAAAUGUUUUCUGUUAGUGAACUUAUCUUUGCAUACGAAAGAAAGUGUGUGAUAAUGAGAUCAGACCUGCUCGGCUACCAAGUCUGGGUCGGCACACAUUAUUUGAAAAAGUAUCGAAAAAUACCUUAUGUGUGCACUUUCAUGUACGAAGCCUGUGCGGGAACGUCGAAAUACUGGCUUUACGAUUGGGACCAUUGUCUCGACACAACUCACCAAGUGCGCGAGAAUCAAGAGCCACUAUUAGCAAACAUAUAAAUGGUAAUUACAAGGACAGCAUUUGCACGAACGAAUAAAGCUACAUACAUCUGUUUACGGUCAACAAAAAAUGACAAGCCUAACGGUUAGCCAACGCUUCGCUAAGGACAAAAGUAAUUUCGUUCUUAUCACGCAUCCUGCACUACUGCACUCC